AGAAGAAGAAGAAGAAGAAGAAGAAGAAGAGGAGGAGGAGGAGCAGAGCCAGGUCCAAAAAGAUCUCGCACGAUUCCCUGAAGAUCAGCGCCUCCCGUUUAUGUCUGGAUGUGUCGGGACUCCAGAUGACCAACCACUGCGGUCAGCUCCAGCGUCCCACCGCGGACCCGUGAACACGACUCCGAAGAGAACCGCGCGAGAACCCGAGCAUCAUGUCGUCCGCCGCGUCGGCCAAUCACAACAAGCGUCUGGCAGCAGAGACAGAAAACUCCCAGCGUCACCUUGACAACGACUCACGCCAACAGAUGAAGCUCCGAGACAGACAGCGCUUCUUCGAGGAGGUUUAUCAGCACGACGUAGACAACCACCUGCCCUCCAGCCAUCUGCACAUCGACUGCAGGAAACCUCCCAUGGGCAGCAUCUCGUCCAUGGAGGUGAAUGUGGACGUCCUGGAGCAGAUGGAUCUCAUGGACAUUUCGGACCAAGAGGCCCUGGACGUGUUCCUGAACUCCGGUUCCGGGCCAGAGGAGGCGCCGCUGACCCCCACGCUGCCAGAAGCUGAGGAUGAAGAGGAGGAGGAUGAAGAGGCGGAGGUGGUGUACAGAGAGGGCGGCCCGCUGAAGCGUCCCGACGAGCCCAAGGGCCGGUCCAAAGUACGAAUACUGUCCACGUCGUCCGGGUCCAGCGACACCAGCGGGGCGGACGCGGACACGCCCGUCAUCCAAUCGGACGACGAGGAGGUCCACGCCGACACGCUGCUCCUCACCUCCGCCCCCCAAAACAGAGACGAGGAGGAGAGCGAGGAAGAGGAGGAGCAGCGGCGCGCACCUGUAUAAUGAGAGUCUGAGAAUAUGAAGCCAUUUCUUUGUCAAAUGCAGUUCCCAGCAUGAAACUGCAGAGAUAUUUGCAUAUUGUAUCAUUUAAAUAUAAAAAAAGAAUCUAUUUUAUUAUGACAGAAACAGGUUUGGUGAGUGGAUGUGUCAUUCUGUUCUGCGCUAACACGCUCGGGCUAUACUCAAGUUUGUUUAUCACUUGAAUACUGCCAGAGGGAAUGGCCACUCCUUUUUGUGUCUUAAAACGCCGUGCCAAACGCAGGACAGGGAUAAGCCCAGAGACUCAUUUGCAUAUUAACAAUUUCACAUCAAUGUUUUGCAAAAUUUUAUAUGAAAACUUUGAAUUACAAAAGCUUUAAACCAUUUUACAUCACGCUGAAAUAUUAAAAUGGAUCUACAUGAAAUUUUGGGGGAAAUAAUGGUAAUAGUAAUUGUGUUAAAUUAUGAAAACUGUGCAAAAUUUGUGUGAAACUCUGUCAAUUUUGGAUUUUAAAGGUGCAUUGCGCAACUUUUCUACUGGUCUCCGUUGAGAUGUCAUUGCUUUGCCUGGAAUGUUCCACUGUAUGACAUUACGUACCCAACAUAUCCAUCCGGCGUUGACUCAUUACGGGUUUUUGCAUUGCUUAAAAAUACAAAAAUGCAAUAAUUCUGUCUGUGAAAAGGCACGCCUCUCCACGGAUCUGAGCUGUAACGUAGCGUAGAGCUGUCACCUGCUCGUCUUCCUCGUGAUAGACAGGUUUAAUUUAUACCGCGGAACAUUCUGGACAAAGUUAUAACAUUUCCAUACAGACAAGCAGAUGACGAACCCUCCUCUAGAAAUGUUCCACGGUGCACCUUUAAGUUUGAAAUAUGUUAAGAAUUUAAAUUUUGAUUUUCCACGAAAUGCGCAUGGAGUUCAAAGAGUUCACGAGGAGUAGAAAUGGUGAAAACGUUUUGAACAACCUGCUUCUAUUUGUGUCUGUUCAUCUCAUAGACUGUUUAUGUAAAUGGGCGUAGCUAACCUGCUAGCGUUCUAAACAGGAAGUGAUCAUACGCGCGCUUUCUGCUCCAUCGACUCUGGCUCCAAUUCACUUUUCUAUUGAUAAACUGCUGUCAGACUCAUCAUUUUUGGUCUUAAAUGCUCGUAUUGACCCGCUCUACGUGAUCCUGGGGUUUUUAUUUCACUGUUGUGUCUGUAAAUCAAAAUAUGAACAUUAAUAACAGACAAAUCAGCGUUCUUUCCUAGCUUUAGCAACCGGUUUGAUUGACAGCGUUGCUAAGGGCUCAUUCUCUGGGGGGUAAGGGGCGUCAGCUUCAACAGCCUCACUCCUGAUUGGCUCUUUAGUUGCACUGACACUCGAAGUCGGAAUUCCAAAUAAGGAACUCGACUCCAGAUUAGCCGCUAUAACUGCUAGCCUCGAUGAGCUUCAUUUUCACUUAGUCCGUUUGUUUUUACAGUUGUUUUUACAGUAACAAAAGACGGAUUUGAACGCAACACUACGCAAAUAUCGAAAACAUCUGAUGUGAACAAACAGAGGUUUAGCUAAGCGGAUGUACCAGUAGGUAAGAGGUUGUCGUACCUUUUUUUUUUAGAAGGUUUAGCAGAAAAUCUCACUCAUUUGGCAUUAAAAACAUUGAGGAUUAUUUAAGAACUGAGCCGAAACACAUAAAGGCAUCUUGGCUAAAUCGCAAUGGAAAUUAUAUCAUAGGUGACCUUUCGAAAAUCCAACAUAAUUCCACGUAAAUCCUCAGAAAACCGCGCUCUUUAUGCGUCUCCGGGAUACGCCUGAGGGUAGAGCUUACGUCACCUGUAGCUUGUAUUUCUUCACACCGGCAGUUCUACGUCUGGAAUGGCAUUUAAACAGCGGUUGUAAAAACGGGCAGGUCUCAGGUGCCGUCUGAGCCCGCACGUACAUAUCAGCUCACGUUUUUACAUAGGGGGAGAGCUGUUCGUCUGCAGGCGUUUGUGUGCAUGCUGUUCUUCUCUAACGCAUGCGAAAACCGAAACCCUAUGACAUAACUUUUCAAAACAGCUGAAUCAAACCAGUCCCGCGUCGUGUGCUGUUAAGACGUACCUGUCAGACGUGCUAUUGUAAGUAUGAAUUAAUGAAAGCUUAAGGAUUACUUUUACUGCAGUAUAAGUACAUAAUCUGCGUGGAGCUUUGGGCGUGUGGUACGAUUCAAAAUGUACAGACAAUGAA